CGUCCCGGUAAACUGGCUGCUAAUUCGCUAUGCGACGCUCACCUACAACUCCGGCGGACUAACCGCCCGAGCAAAGCGCAUCAUCGUCCACGAGGAGUACGACAACCAAACGGUGGACAAUGAUAUUGCCCUUAUUCAGACGGUGGAACCUCUCGUCUAUAAAGCGCCGAACUCGAUGCCAGUAGCGUUGCCCUCAUUUGGCAGCGAACCGCCUGCCGGACGGAACAUUACCAUCUCCGGAUGGGGCUACCUGCAAGAGGACAGUAUGCGCUUCUCGAAGAACCUCCAAGUGGCGACAGUGAGCGUGGUGAAUCGAGACCGCUGCAAUGCCAUCUAUGAUGGAGAGAUUACCGACAAUAUGAUUUGCGCAGAGAGCAAAGGAGUUGACGCUUGUCAAGGUGACAGCGGCUCUCCAGCGGUCAAUCACUACCGCCAACUAGUUGGCCUGGUUUCCUGGGGCAUCGGCUGCGCCAGACCCGGUUUGCCGGGCAUCUACACCAAAGUGGGCAAUUACGUCAAGUGGAUCAGCCAACGGACCCGCAACCCUGAACAGGUGCCCACCAACUGGAAGUACGUUCCGAAGGUGAAGCCGAGGCCAAAACCCAGUCCGACCAGGCCGGCGGCCACCAAUGGCGAGUUUCUUCCCAACGGAGACGGCAACUCAGCUGCUAGCAAUGAUCUGCUUUUACCUGAGGUGGUGGGCGGCAAUGCCACUGAUGAUCCCUCUGCAAUCACCGACCAGGUGAACUUAGCCAACAUUAGCGACAUCACCGAGGAGGAGAAGGAGCCCGCAGAGGGACUGACUGGAGGUGCUGAAGACAACAAAAAGAGCAUAGACAUGACCACGGU